AUGAUACCCGAUCCCCAAGGUUAUUUAGAUUUACAGAAACUUUUACAUAAAAAACAAGCUCCGGAUGCUGACAAUAAAUUAGAGUUGAGUGAAAAGUUAGAAGAUGGCACUAGUGAGUGGAAGAAAGAUCCCGAACCCAUAAAUCCUAAACCUUUAGAGGAACCUAAGGCUUUUGAAUUAGAUUUUUUGCGUCGAUUAGACUCCUUAGUGCGAAAGUAUUUAAUCGAGUAUACUCAUACUCCAGAAUUAUUGCGAUUUAACAAGGUAGUAGAUGAAUUUUACGAAAAAGGAGAUGUAGGAAAAAGUGAAGAUUAUGCUUUUGACCAUUUUAGAUUAAUUGAUCAUAAGGCGGGAGUAAGUGAUGCUGAUUAUAAACUUUAUCGAGAAAAGGCUCUUAAACGUGAUUUUGUUAUACAAAUUAGGGAAAAAGUAGAAAGGUUAGAAAUGCUUCUUAGUAAUGUUAGUGAAUUAACAAAUAGAAGUGAUGAAAAUAUCGAACUUAUCAUUGAAUCUUUAAAAGGUUCUAUCGAUCAUCUUCAAACGGAAGGGACUUCGAUUGAUGACGCCAUGAAAACUAGAAUAGAAAAGUUAAUUAGUGGCUUUGGUAAAGAAAUGGCAAGAAGGCAGGGCAAAAAAGAAGAAUACGAACGCUAUGAAAGAGAGCGACAGGCUGACCGACAAAGAUUAGAAAAUAUUGAACGAAACAAUAGUAAUUUACAAACGCAGCUUAAUAAUGCGAUUAGUAAUAAUAAUACUGGCGAGCAAAAUAGGUUGCGACAAAGGAUUGUCGAAAGCGAAAAUGAGGCUCGACGGCUGAGAGAGAACAUUAGCGAUUAUGAAAAUAGAUUAAGAAAUCUAGAAAAUAGAAGAAGUGGCACUAGAGAACAAACAAGUGGAUCAUGUGCUAGUGCUAAGCAUGAAUCAGUAUUAGGUGUCUGA